AUGGCGACGCCGAUGGCCGGAGAGGGCACGAUUGCCGCGGCGAUCCCGCGGUCCCCACCCCCGCUGUCCGAGGGUGGCGCGGGAGGGUCGGCGGCCGAGGCGCCCGUGCUCAUCUUCGUCUACUUCCACAAGGCGAUCCGCGCGGAGCUGGAGCGGAUGCACGCCGCGGCGGUGCGGCUCGCCACGGGGCGCGCGGGCGGGGACGUGGCCGCGCUCGAGGCGCGCUGCAGGUUCCUUUUCACCGUCUACAGGCACCACUGCGACGCCGAGGACGCGGUUAUUUUUCCAGCACUUGAUAUUCGAGUGAAAAAUGUCGCAGGGACAUAUUCUCUUGAACACAAAGGAGAAAAUGAUCUCUUCGCACAUCUCUUCACUCUGCUACAGUUGGAUGUGCAGAAUGAUGAUGCUAUUCGGAGGGAACUUGCAUCCUGUACUGGAGCAAUUCGGACGUUUGUUACCCAACACAUGUCCAAGGAAGAAGAACAGGUCUUCCCGUUGCUCAUCAAGAAGUUUUCACACGAAGAGCAAGCAGAUCUGGUCUGGCAGUUCUUAUGUAGUAUCCCUAUAAAUAUGAUGGCAAAAUUCCUUCCAUGGGUAUCUUCUUCUGUUUCAACUGAUGAGAAUCAAGAUAUUCUUGACUGCCUAAGUAAAAUAGUUCCUGGAGAAAAACUCCUCCAAGAGAUUGUUUUCACGUGGUUUGGAGGGAAAUCAUUCAGAACAAUAGCACAAGGUAUUAGUGAUCCUUAUUCAGAAAGCAGUUCUACAUGUGAGUCUAGCUCUGGUCGAAUAGAUAAACAUGUAUGUUCACUUGAACACUCCAAAAUUGGAAAGAGGAAGUCCACAGAAUCUAGUCAGCUUGUCACACAUCCAAUUGAUGAAAUUCUGUAUUGGCACAAUGCUAUUCGGAGAGAACUGAGGGAUAUAGCAGGCGAGACGAAAAGAAUACAGCAGUCUGGAGAUUUUUCUGACAUAGCAGGCUUUAAUAUGAGGCUGCAAUUUAUUGCAGAUGUGUGCAUUUUCCACAGCAUUGCCGAGGAUCAAGUUAUAUUCCCUGCAGUGGAUGGUGAAUUAUCUUUUGUACAGGAGCAUGCUGAAGAAGAACAGCGGUUAAAUGAAUUUAGGAGUUUAAUUGAACAAAUUCAAAUAACAGGAGCCAAGUCAACUGUAGUUGAUUUUCAUUCUGAGUUAUGUUCACAAGCUGACGAAAUAAUGCAGAAAAUUGAGAGUCACUUCAAUGAUGAGGAAAUAAAGGUACUUCCUAAAGCUAGGAUAAAGUUCUCACCAGAGAAACAGAGGGAACUUUUAUAUCAGAGUCUAUGUGUCAUGCCACUAAAGCUGUUGGAAUGUGUUCUACCAUGGUUUGUAGUGAAACUGAAUGAUGCAGAGGCAGUGUCUUUUCUUCAGAAUAUGCGAUUAGCAGCACCUUCCUCUGAAACUGCAUUGGUUACCCUUCUCUCCGGCUGGGCAUGCAAAGGUCGUCUGGAGGACACAUCCAACCCUGGAAAGUUCAUAUGCACAUCAGGAGCGGUGGGCUGUGCAUCAGAUGGAAAUGGUUCCAAAACAUGCCAGUCAUUCUGUCCAUGUUAUGUAAGUAGCGAUGGAGCUUUUUCGAAACCAGUUAAGCGAGCAAGUCAUGGAGAAUCUAGCACUAAUAUUAACAGAAGUCACUGCUCACAAAAUGCGGAUACUGAAGCCUCGCCAUGUAACAACAGACCCUGCUACAUUCCCAGGUUAAGAGUAGAAAGUAGCUACCUUGGUGUUAAUUCAUCUACCCCUGCAAAAUCCUUUCGCUCUCUGCCUUACAAUAAUUCUGCACCUUCAUUAUAUUCAAGCCUUUUUUCAUGGGAGACAGAUGCAGUAUUAUCUGGCCCAGAUAACAUUUCGAAGCCAAUUGAUACCAUAUUCAAAUUCCACAAGGCAAUUCGUAAGGAUUUAGAGUUUUUGGAUGUGGAGUCUGGAAAGCUUAUUGACGGGAAUGAAUCUUGCCUUCGCCAAUUUAUCGGAAGGUUUCGUUUACUGUGGGGUCUAUAUAGAGCACACAGCAAUGCUGAAGAUGAGAUUGUAUUUCCUGCUCUUGAAUCAAAGGAGACAUUGCACAAUGUUAGUCAUUCAUACACUCUUGAUCACAAGCAGGAAGAAGAAUUGUUCCAAGAUAUAUCCAUUGUCCUAUCUGAACUUUCUCAACUACAUGAUGGUUUGAGCCAUCCUCUUGAUGUUGAAGCUGGAACAAAUGAUAUUUCAAAUAAUGAGAUCGAUUGGGCUAAAAAGCGUAAUGAACUUUUGACAAAGCUUCAAGGAUUAUGCAAGUCUAUCCAUGUCACAUUGUCAAAUCACGUUCACAGAGAAGAACUUGAAUUGUGGCCACUGUUCGAUAAACAUUUUUCUGUAGAUGAGCAGGAUAAGAUUAUCGGGCGUAUAAUUGGAACUACUGGUGCUGAGGUUCUGCAGUCAAUGUUACCUUGGGUUACAUCAGCACUUAGUCUAGAGGAACAGAACAUGAUGCUGGAUACAUGGAAGCAAGCAACGAAAAAUACGAUGUUCGAUGAAUGGCUAAAUGAAUGGUGGAAGGGACCUUCAACUUCAUCUGACCCAUCAGACAAGGCUUCUACUCUUUCAGAAGAAAAUCAUUUUCAGGAGAAUUUUGAACAAAAUGAUCAGAUGUUUAGGCCUGGUUGGAAGGACAUCUUCCGAAUGAACCAGAGUGAGCUCGAGGCUGAGAUUCGAAAGGUCUCUCGAGAUUCUACUCUUGAUCCAAGGAGGAAGGCCUAUCUGAUACAAAAUCUCAUGACCAGCCGUUGGAUAGCUGCUCAGCAGAAAUCACCACAACCAAACGUCGAAGGACAUAAUGGAUGUACACGACGACCUGGAUGUGUUCCUUCGUAUCGAGACCCAGAGAAACAAAUAUUUGGCUGUGAGCAUUAUAAACGAAACUGCAAGCUUGUUGCUGCAUGCUGCAAUAAGCUAUUCACAUGCAGAUUCUGUCAUGAUAAAGUUAGUGACCAUACAAUGGACAGGAAAUCAGUGGUGGAGAUGAUGUGCAUGCUAUGUCUGAAUGUUCAACCGGUCGGUCCAAAUUGCCAAUCCCCUUCUUGCAAUGGACUGUCCAUGGCAAAGUAUUAUUGUAGCAUAUGCAAGUUCUUCGAUGAUGAAAGGAGUGUCUACCAUUGUCCCUUUUGCAACUUGUGCCGUCUUGGGAGCGGAUUGGGCACUGAUUUUUUUCAUUGCAUGAAGUGCAAUUGUUGCCUUGGCAUAAAGAUGAUAGAACACAAAUGCCGGGAAAAGAUGUUAGAGAUGAACUGUCCGAUCUGCUGUGACUUUUUAUUCACAUCAAGUGCACCAGUUAAAGGUCUUCCUUGUGGCCACUUCAUGCAUUCGGCUUGCUUUCAGGCAUAUACUUGUACCCACUACACUUGUCCAAUCUGCUGCAAAUCCUUGGGAGAUAUGACGGUGUAUUUUGGCAUGCUUGAUGGUUUGCUGGCUGCAGAACAGCUUCCGGAGGAAUACCGGGACCGGUGCCAGGAUAUACUUUGUAACGACUGUGAGAGAAAAGGUAGGUCACGAUUCCAUUGGCUCUACCACAAAUGUGCCUUGUGUGGUUCUUACAACACCAGAGUCAUCAAGACUGAUACGGCAGAGUGUUCUACGUCAAACUAA